GAACGCGGCCGGUGCCCCAGGGGGCGUGGCCGUUGCCAGGUGACGGGAGGACGCGCUGGGCCCUGAGUUUCUGCACGGCCCCUUCCCCAGACUCUCGCCCAGUUUCUGCGAUCUACACAGCAGCCUUUGAGGCCGUCCCCAGGCAGCAUCAGGAUGGCUGAGGAAAAGGUUCAAAAGCUAGUGCUGGAAGAAACUGCAUUUGAAGAAAUUGAAAAAGAUUUUCAAGAGGUUCUCAGUGAACUUUCAGGUGACAAAAGUCUGGAAAGAUUUAGAAUCGAAUAUGAGAAGCUUCAUGCCAUUAUGAAAAAGUCUUACGACAAUGAAAAGCGUUUGAUGGCCAAAUGCAGAGAGCUGAAUGCGGAGAUCGUGGUGAAUUCUGUGAAGGUCGCCACUGCCCUGAAGCUGUCUCAGGAUGAUCAGACCACCAUCGCAUCCCUGAAGAAGGAAAUUGAAAAGGCCUGGAAGAUGGUGGACUCGGCCUAUGAUAAGGAGCAGAAGGCCAAGGAGACGAUUCUUGCCCUGAAAGAGGAAAUAGUAAACUUGACCAAACUAGUGGAGCAAGGGUCUGGACUGUCACUGAACCAGGACAGCAACAUCCGAGAUUUACUGAAGUUCAAAGAAGAAGUGACUAAGGAGCGAGAUCAGCUCCUGUCGGAGGUGGUGAAAUUACGGGAGUCCUUAGCUCAGACCACCGAGCAGCAGCAGGGGACGGAGCGCGCCAAGGAGGAGGCAGAGCAGGCCAUCAGUCAGUUCCAACAGGAAAUCCAGCAUCACCAGAAUGAGGCUUCCAGGGAGUCUCGGAAGAAGGAGAAACUGGAGAAGGAGCUCAAGCAAAUCCAGAUGGACAUGGACACGAGGCAGACAGAGAUCAAGGCUCUGCAGCAGAAUGUGCAGAAGAGCAAGGAGGAGCUGCAGCAGCUGGAGCAGCAGCUCAAGGAGCAGAAGAUACUGAAUGAGAGAGCUGCCAAGGAACUCGAGCAGUUCCAGAUGAGAAAUUCUAAACUUCAGCAAGAGAACGAACAGCACAGUUUGGUUUGUGAGCAGCUGUCCCAGGAAAAUCAGCAGAAGGCGCUGGAGCUCAAAGCCAAAGAGGAGGAAGUCCAUCAAAUGCACCUCGACAUUGGGAAGCUCAACAAAAUUAGAGAACGAAUCCAUAAGAAAUUGCAUCAGAUCGAAGAUCAAAAGGCAGAGGUGGAGCAGCACAAGGAAACCCUAAAAAAUCAGAUCUUGGGACUAGAGAGAGAGGUGGAGACUUCUAAGAAACAAGCAGAACUUGAUAAGAAAGCGAUGGAUGAGCUUCUGAGAGAGAGGGACAUACUAAAUAAGAAUAUGCUUAAGGCUAUAAAUGCAACCCAGAAGCAGGUAGACCUGGUGAAACUCCAUGAACAAACCAAGCGGAAUCUGGAGGAAGAAAUCCAGAACUACAAGGAGGAGGCCCAGAAGCAGAGGAAGAUCAUCUUCCAACUGGAAAAGGAGCGCGAUCGAUACAUCAACGAGGCCAGCGACUUCACCCAGAAGCUCCUCAUGAACAUGGAAGGUAUAAAAGUCCGUGAAAUGCAGAUUUUUCACUACAAGAAAAAAAUAGCUGAAUCAGAGACUAAAUUAAAACACCAACAGAACCUAUAUGAAGCUGUGAGGUCAGACAGGAAUCUGUGUAGCAAAAAUCUGGUUGAGGCUCAGGAUGAAAUCACGGAAAUGAAGAGAAAGUUAAAGAUUAUGACGCGUCAGGUGGAUCAGCUGAAGGAAGAGAUCUCUGCCAAAGAGUCCACACUGGUGAAGCUGAGUCUGGAGCAGCAGCGAAUAGAAAAAGAAAAGGAAACCCUGAAGGCUGAGCUGCAGAAGCUGAGACAACAAGCCCUGGAGACCAAACGCUUCAUUGCAAAGCAGGAGGCGGAAGAGAGGAAGCUCCUGCGAAUCAUUGCGGAAGCUGAUGGGGAGAGGCUGAGGGAGAAGAAGGAGUUGGACCAGGUCACCAGUGAAAGAGACAUCCUGGGGUCUCAGCUUGUUCGGCGCAAUGACGAGUUAGCUUUGCUCUACGAGAAGAUCAAGAUCCAGCAGUCCGUGCUGAACAAAGGCGAAAGCCAGUACAACCAGAGGCUGGAGGACAUGAGGAUCCUCAAGCUGGAGAUCAAGAAGCUUCGCCGGGAGAAGGGGAUCCUCACCAAGAGUGUGGCUAAUGUUGAGGAGCUCAGGCAGGAGCUUUUUCACAUGCAGAAGGAAUUCUUGAAGGAGAGGACCCGAUGCCGAGCCCUGGAGGAGGAGCUGGAGAACCCCAUGAAUGUGCAUCGGUGGAGGAAGCUUGAGGCCAGCGACCCCAGUUCCUUUGAACUGAUACAGAAAAUCCACGCCCUGCAGAGGCGGCUCAUCAGCAAGACGGAAGAGGUGGUGGAGAAAGAGCUGCUCCUUCAGGAGAAGGAGAAACUGUACAUGGAACUGAAGCACAUCUUGGCACGGCAGCCUGGCCCCGAGGCUGCAGAACAGCUGCAGAUCUAUCGGCACACCCUGCGGGAGAAGACCAAGCAGCUGAAGGUUUUGUCUUCAGAAUUGAAUAUGUAUGAAUCACAGAGCCAAGAAUAUAAGUAUGAGAUCGAGAAACUUGGCAACGAACUGAUAAAUGUAAAGAAGAAAUACCUUGCUCAGAAACGUAAAGAGCUUAUUCAAAAGAACAAAGACAAACUACCCAUAGAUAACACCUUGAUCGCCAAACCUCCUGGCCCUCAUUUUAUUGGGGGUGGAUUUCCCCUCACCAAGACACCCAAGGUGAAGUCCUAACUACAAGCUUCUGGCUGGGUCCAUCGAACAGCUCACGAAAGGGAAUUGGCACAGGAACAGUUUUGAGGAAGCAUUUUUAUAACCCUUGGAUCAUUAAUAUCUAGGAAAAUCAGGUGCCCAGAUUCCAGGAUGGAAAGGAAUGCAGAGCUAGCAUACUCGUACAUACUCAGGUGAUGCUAUUUUGCCUGGACCACACGGACAUGAGCAGAUUAUAAUCCUUUCUACUCAAUUAGGCUGACCCACGGAAGGAAGCAGAUUUUUGUUACAACUACAUCCGUUGAUUUGAAAUGCACCAGAUGUAGAUGCUCCACAUGGAUGAAGCUUGGGAUCUUCAUUUUUCUAUUAUAGCUAUUUAUGUACUUGAAGGUUUUAUAUUCUAAAAUAUUUUUGAAAUGGAACACAUCUCCUCUCAUCUUGCUAACAGUCCGUUUUAAUUACUCCUCGUGACCAAGUCAUUGCAUGAGAUGAGUAAGAAGGACAAACUCUCGAGUAUGUGAAGUGUUCUGAGAAUGAUUUCUGAGUGGAAUAUUUUUUCAGGCCUGGGGUAGGAAAAUCUAUUCCAAAGAGAUAGACCAAUAAAUACUUCAUUGUAAAAAAGAAAAAGGAAGAACCAUUGUAGAGAUUUUGAUCUUUGCCUUAGUAGAGUCUGUAGUUAAAGUUGGAAAUUACUGUGAGAAAUGUUUAACAUAAAGACCUGACUCAAGGUGGGCUGGGGAUUUAGCUCAGUGGUUCCGCCACCUGCCUUGCAAAUGCAAGGACCCGAGUUCGAUCCCUGGUACCAAAAAAACCACAAAAAAA